AUGAUCAGAAAGAAGGUUCGUAGAAAUCCUGCCUCCGGUGAUGGAGCACAAUCUCUCGAGGAAUUGAAUAGGAUCAGAAAGGAACAAUACUUGAAGAAGAAGGCCAUGCUUCAAGAUUUGGUCAAUGCACAAAAAAAGGACAUUCCGAUCCAGUAUAUUAUCCUGAUCAAACAAUAUGAAGAUGAAACAUUUGAUGAAAUUUAUGUAGCCCUUGAUCCGAUGCUACAUAUAUUUAGUUUUUUAAGUCCACAUGAUUUAUUGCUCAAGGUUGGAUUGGUUUGUAAAUCUUGGUAUUUCCUUUCUUUUAGAACCAAUUUCCUUUGGCAAUCUUUGUAUUAUAAAGAAUUUGGAGAUGUACAAGCAAGACCUAUUCAUACUGCUCUCCUUGAUGAAGAUGAUGACUCUGAAUUUGAUGGACAUUGGAAGAAGGUGUUCAGUUUUAGAGUGGAUUUGAGAAACAAAUGGUACAAUAAUUCACCAGACAGAGUUGGUUAUUGUGAUAUUAUGGAGAGUGAAAUUGUAAAAAGUACAAGAACUAAAUACACCAAUAAGGGAGAACUUUUCAGAAAGGAUGCACACACAGCUUGUGUUGGAGAGGAUGAAAUUGGAACAGAGUCAGAAAAUAAGAAAUUGUACAGAGUUAAUCCAGAGGACAGAUCGACCAUCACUACAAUGUGUUUGAUUGGAUCAGAUCGUUUAUUGGCAGGUGAUGCUAGAGGCGUCAUUAAAUUGUUCAACUUGCGAUCUUUCCAACAAGUGAAAAAGUUUGUUGGAGCUCAUCAAACCAGUGUACACAAAAUUGUUGCUAUCACUCCUGAACACUUGAAAUUCAAAUCGGAUGACAUGUCAGUUUUGGGAUAUUCAUUCAAACUUGAAGCAACACAUCAUUACUUCUUAUCUAAUGAUUUCCAAAACAAUUCUAUUUGUGUUUGGGAUUUGGAGACUGGUUUGCUAUUGAAGAGAUUUAGAGGAACUGACAAGGUUCACUCUGUAUCUGGAUCAUCCACACACCUGAAUGGAACUGUAUUAGAUAUGAGAAUUUGUACUAUUAAUGAGUAUGGACCUGUACUCUUUGUAAUUACACCAAAGAAUGUAGAAAUUUAUGAACUCAACACUUUAAGAUUAUUGAAAUUAUAUAGACCUUUCUAUGAGCCAAAGAAGCAUGAAAUUGUCACCAAGAAACUCAUUGAUGCUGCCAUUGAAUCCUUUGAUAAGGAUGACAUUGAAGUAGAGCAGGAGGAAGAAGAGGCUGAUGAUAAUUUUGAUGAUGAUACUGGUAUGAAUCAACCAUCAAAAACUUUGGUUUGUUUUGAAUUGUUAGAUGGAAAUACAUUUGCCUUUGUCAGUGGUGAUAUGAAACUCUAUGUGUACAAUUUGAGUAAUGGUAUUUGUGUCAAGAAAAUGGACAUGAAGCAUACUAAGAUGCUUGACAUUGAUAAUUACAAUAGGCCAACUUCCAUUGAUUCCUUCAAGAAGAAGUAUAACAAAUUCAAAGAGUCUGACGUGCUCAUCACGCAAAUAGCCAAGACCAAUUUGGAGGGUCAAAUUGCUUUGGUAUUGAGCUUGAGACCAUCAGGUUAUAAUGGGUAUGAUCCACUCAAAUCCUACAUCAAGUACUUUGAUUAUAGAUUUGGUUGUGAGAAUCCUGUGAGGUCAUGUCAAGUCGGAAAUUAUGACUAUUACUCUUCUGGUAAAAUCUUCUUUGAUGACGAUAAGAUUAUUCAAUGCACUCAGAGUCAUAUUCAAUUAUUGGGACGUUGGGAUGGUACUUUGAAACAAGAAUUGUUGCCAACUCUCAAUGUUGGAUAUUAUACGAUUGCCAACUUUAUUGCAGAUGAUCGUUUCCUAAUUAUGGGUACAUCCUUUGGUGGUAUUGUUGUGAAUGAUUAUGGAGGAAAUUUAUUGUAUUGGAGUGAUUUGAAGGGUAGAAAACUUGUGGAUGAUGAACCAAAAGAGGAGGAUAAAAUGGAUGAUUCUCAAGAUUAAAUGAUUUUUUAA